AGUUAAAUAGGUAUUAAUAUAAAAUUUCAUAAUAUCAUCUUUUUAAUAAUUUUUACUAAUAUUUAAUCAUAUGUCAAUUAUUAAGGAAUAGAGGGAGCUAAAAUAUUGAUGUAUUAAUUAUGUGUCAAGUUUGUUUAUGUCAGUUAUUUAGGAAUAGAAGGAGUAAAAAAAAAAAAAAAAAACUCUAUUUUGCAUUCUAAAGAGAAAAUAUCCAAUAUUGCCCAAAUACAUUCUCUUUCUCCCCAACACACAAAAAUCCCCACAACAAAAAUGGCCUCAAUUCCACUCCUACGCCUCUCUCUCCUCCCCACCGCCGCAACCACCACCACUCACCACCGCAAACCCAUCGGAUUCCGGCCACUCUCUCUCCUCUUCCACCCUCUCAAACCCUCCCCAAUUACCAAAAUCAACUUCCCAAUUACCACCCAAAAACCCAAAACCCUAAAACCCCAAAAAUCAACCAUAACAAUGUCAACAACCCCAGCAACAGACCGCUUAAUCUCCUCCAUUUCUUACUUUCUUCCCUUCAUCAAUGGUCUCCAUUACGGCCGCUUCCUCUUCGCUCAAUACCCACCUCUCUCUCAUCUCUUCCAACCCCUUUUACCCUUUUUCUCUCUCUACAAAUCCAUCCCUUAUGCUAGUUUCGUCUCCUUCUUUGCGCUCUAUCUUGGGGUUGUCAGAAACCCUAGUUUCUCAAGCUAUGUUCGAUUCAACGCAAUGCAAGCUCUUGUUCUUGAUGUUCUUCUUGUUCUUCCUUUGCUUUUGCAGCGGAUUUUUACUCCUGGAAAAGGGUUAGGGUUUAAGAUUAUGGUAAUGGGUCAUAAUUUUUUGUUUGUGUUUAUUGUUUCUUGUUUUGUUUAUGGGGUUGUUUCUUCUAUUUUGGGUAGGACUCCUUAUUUGCCCAUUGUUGCUGAUGCUGCUGGUAGACAAAUGUAGUCUUCAAUUGGGGUUUUGAUCAAUUGAGAUAAAUUGAAGUUUUUGUUUUUUUUGUGGGUAGAUUUGAUUGGAAGAAUUAGAUUACUAGUGAUGUAAUUUGUAUUUUGUAAUGAUUUAAUGAAAUUGGAGAAAUUUUGAUAAAGAAUCUCA